AUGGGUAAGAAAUCGUGCAUUUAUGCCACCUACAUAAUUCUUCUUGUUAUGGAGGUGGUCCUUCUCAUGAUCACUGCAAUGAUACUUUCCAAUCCAUUCUUCAUUCUCAUUCCAAUCGAGAAAUUCGAUCCUUACAUCGUCACCUAUUGUAUUGUUAAUGUUAUUCAAGCUAUUCUUUGCGUUAUUACGCUUAUUGGAUUAAUUCGAACCAGCACAUCCGUUCUUAUUGUCUGUCAUUGGAUUUCAUGCUUUACAUUAACUGUCGAUGGUGCGAUGAUCUUUUUAUUUUCAACUCUAAUGAGUUCCGCUCAUACGGGAUUGGAGAAUCACAUAACUCUCCUCUACACUGAGAAUAUAAUCGAGGAGAAUUGCGGAGUUUGGGAAGACGCCUAUCAUCAGCUAAAAUGUUGCCCGCCAAGUUUUAUUCUGAAUGCGUGCAGCCAUAUGCUCAAUGUUACUAAGAUCUAUUGUCCAUUGGAUCACUCGAAUAGCUGCAACACGAAAUUGAGAAAGUGGCUCACUGACAAAAGUGGAAUUUUCGGUAUCUGCGCUUACUGUGUCAUUGUGCCGCUCAAGAUAUUCAUUUGUCUAGCAUUGCGAAAGGACAUUGAAGAAGUCGAGCUCGAAAAGCAAAAUCAGGAUUACGUCAAAGAAAUGAUGAACGAAGUAAACAAACACGGCGAUGGUUAUAUCAACGAUUUCAAAUUCUCGAGAAUUGAUUUUGCCGAAACAAAUCAGAGAACAGUGGUUUCGGAAUAUUCGCCAUUCAUCAAAAAAUCCGUCAUCGAUGAAGUUGAGCACGAGUUUACAGUUCGCGGCGAGCAGUGGCGUCAAAUGCUGGCUCACACAAUCCAUAGCAGCUCAACGCCAAACUUUUAA